AGACAUAAGUUAACCAAUUUUCAUCUUUCAUUCAUUCUUCGAUUCUUCACAUAAAUAACCUUCUCUUCAUUCUCACUCCAAAUUUUGAGUUUCGACACUUCACGUACCAUCACCACCACCACCACCACCACCACCACCGCUUCUCUUCUCUGUUCAAAUCUCGCUUUCCACCACCACCACCACCACCACUGCUUCUAACGUAAGAGAGAGAAACAACCAACCUUACUUGUUCUUCUUCUUCUUCUCUUCCGAUCAAACCCUUCACUUUUUUUCUUCUUUCAAUUUGUUGUUCUUGUUGUUGUUCCUCGAAGAUCUACACCCCUUGUUUUCAACCAAAUUGUCAAAAUCUGGAGAACCGGGAUGAAGAGGGCAAGGGAUGAUAUCUACUCUGCCUCUGCUUCUCAAUUCAAACGCCCUUUCGCUUCCUCGCGCGGUGAUUCCUAUGGCCAAUCCCAAGUCCCUGGAGGAGGAGGAGGAGGAGGAGGAGCUGGAGGUGGCAGUGGAGGUGGAGGUGGCGGGGAAGCAACUACUUCCCAGAAGCUGACUACCAAUGAUGCGUUAUCCUAUUUGAAGCAAGUGAAAGACAUGUUUCAGGAUCAAAGGGAAAAAUAUGACUUGUUCCUUGAGGUCAUGAAAGAUUUCAAGGCCCAAAGGACUGACACUGCUGGUGUCAUAGCAAGGGUGAAGGAGCUAUUCAAAGGGCACAACCAUUUGAUUUUUGGGUUUAACACUUUCCUGCCAAAGGGAUAUGAGAUAACACUUGAUGAGGAUGAGGCUCCUGCGAAGAAAACUGUUGAAUUUGAAGAAGCUAUUAGUUUUGUCAACAAGAUAAAGAAACGAUUCCAAAGUGAUGAACAUGUCUACAAAUCAUUCUUGGACAUUUUGAAUAUGUACCGCAAAGAGCACAAGGAUAUUGGUGAGGUUUACAGUGAGGUUGCUACCCUUUUUAAGGACCAUCGAGAUUUGCUUGAGGAGUUCACUAGAUUCUUACCAGAUACUUCUGCAGCGCCUUCUACACAGCAUGCUCCAUUUGGUAGAAAUUCAUUGCAGCGCUUCAAUGAGAGGAAUUCUAUGACACCCAUGAUGCGGCAAAUGCAAGUAGACAAGCAACGUUACCGACGAGACAGACUUCCUUCUCAUGAUCGUGACCGUGAUCUUAGUGUUGAACACCCUGAAAUGGAUGAUGACAAAACAAUGAUAAACUUGCACAAGGAGCAAAGGAAACGUGAUAGAAGAAUUCGUGAUCAGGAUGAGAGAGAUCCCGAUCUUGAUAACAGCAGGGAUUUGACCUCGCAACGGUUUCUUGACAAAAAGAAAACUGUCAAGAAGGCUGAAGGUUAUGGGUUGGCCACUGACUUUACCUCAUAUGAUGACAAAGAUUCCUUAAGGGGCAUGUACGGUGAAGCAUUCAGUUUCUGCGAGAAAGUCAAGGAGAAGUUGAGCAGUUCCGAUGACUACCAAACAUUCUUGAAGUGCCUUAAUAUUUUCAACAACGGAAUAAUAAAAAAGAAUGAUUUGCAAAAUUUGGUAACUGAUUUACUUGGAAAGCACUCUGAUCUUAUGGAUGAGUUUAAAGAUUUCUUAGAGCGCUGUGAAAAUAUCGAAGGCUUCCUUGCUGGUGUCAUGAGUAAAAAGUCACUGUCCACUGAUGCUCAUUUAUCAAGAUCAUCAAAGUUGGAGGACAAAGACAAAGAUCAGAAGCGAGAGAUGGAUGGAGCUAAAGAGAAGGAUAGAUACAAGGAGAAAUACAUGGGAAAAUCCAUCCAAGAACUUGACCUUAGUGACUGUAAACGGUGUACUCCCAGCUACCGGCUUCUCCCUUCAGAUUAUCCAAUUCCUACGGCUAGUCAGCGAUCUGAGCUUGGUGCUCAAGUAUUGAAUGAUCACUGGGUGUCUGUGACUUCAGGAAGUGAAGAUUACUCUUUCAAACAUAUGCGCAAGAAUCAAUAUGAAGAAAGCCUGUUUAGAUGUGAAGAUGACAGAUUUGAGCUGGACUUGUUAUUGGAGUCUGUAAGUUCAGCUUCUAAACGUGCCGAGGAAUUGUAUAACAACAUUAAUGAAAAUAAAAUCAGUGUGGAGGCUCUGAGCCGUAUUGAAGAUCAUUUCACUGUUUUGAACUUAAGGUGCAUUGAGCGUCUAUAUGGUGACCAUGGUCUUGACGUUAUAGACAUACUGCGUAAAAACCCAACUCAUGCUCUGCCUGUAAUAUUGACUCGAUUGAAGCAGAAACAGGAGGAGUGGAAUAGGUGUCGUUCCGAUUUUAAUAAAGUUUGGGCUGAAAUUUAUGCUAAAAAUCACUACAAAUCACUUGAUCACCGUAGCUUCUAUUUCAAGCAACAAGACUCAAAGAACUUGAGCACAAAAUCUUUAGUGGCUGAGAUUAAAGAAAUCAAAGAGAAGCUGCAGAAAGAGGAUCACAUUAUUCAGUCUAUUGCUGCUGAAAAUAGACAGCCUCUAAUUCCACAUCUGGAAUUUGAAUAUUCGGAUGGUGGGAUUCAUGAAGACCUGUAUAAACUUGUUCAGUAUUCAUGUGAGGAGGUAUUCUCAAGCAAAGAAUUAUUAAAUAAGAUUAUGAGGCUUUGGAGUACCUUCUUGGAGCCGAUGCUUGGUGUUACUUCCCAAUCUCAUGGGACAGAAAGGGUUGAGGACAGGAAAGCAGGGCAUAGUAGUCGCAACUUUGCUGCAUCAAAUGUAGGAGGUGAUGGAAGCCCACACAGAGACUCUAUUUCAACAAAUUCAAGGUUACCAAAAUCUGACAAGAAUGAAGUUGAUGGUAGAGUCACUGAAGUGAAGAAUAUUCACCGGACUAGUGUAGCCGCCAAUGAUAAAGAAAAUGGGUCUGUUGGUGGUGAACUUGUUUGUAGAGAUGAUCAAUUAAUGGAUAAAGGGCUGAAAAAAGUAGAAUGCAGUGAUAAAGCCGGGUUUAGUAAACAAUUUGCCUCUGAUGAGCAAGGAGUUAAAAACAAUCCAUCUAUUGCAAUUCGAGGAGAAAACAGCUUGAACAGAACCAACUUAGAUGUGUCUCCAGGCUGUGUAUCUGCUCCAUCUCGACCUACGGAUGCUGAUGACUCUGUAGCCAAGUCUCAGACUGUUAAUUUACCAUUGGUGGAGGGAGGUGACAUUGCAGCUCCAGUACCAGUGGCCAAUGGGGUAUUAGUUGAGAACAGUAAAGUCAAAAGCCAUGAAGAAUCUUCUGGGCCUUGCAAAGUCGAAAAAGAAGAGGGUGAAUUAUCACCAAAUGGUGACUCCGAGGAAGAUUUUGUUGCCUAUAGAGAUUCGAAUGCACAGUCAAUGGCUAAGUCAAAGCACAAUAUUGAAAGAAGGAAAUAUGAGUCCAGAGAUAGAGAGGAAGAAUGUGGUCCAGAGACUGGAGGUGAUAAUGAUGCAGAUGCUGAUGAUGAGGACAGUGAAAAUGUUUCUGAAGCUGGGGAAGAUGUCUCAGGCAGUGAGUCCGCUGGCGAUGAAUGCUUCCAGGAAGACCAUGAGGAGGAUGAUAUAGAACAUGAUGAUGUUGAUGGUAAGGCUGAGAGUGAAGGUGAAGCUGAGGGGAUGUGUGAUGCCCAAGGUGGAGGGGAUAGCUCAUCUUUGCCUUUGUCAGAGAGGUUCCUUUCGUCUGUGAAGCCUCUCACAAAGCAUGUAUCGGCAGUUUCAUUUGCUGAAGAAAUGAAGGAUUCAAGGGUGUUUUAUGGGAAUGACGAUUUCUAUGCGCUUUUUAGGCUUCAUCAAAUUCUUUACGAGAGGAUCUUAUCAGCGAAAAUAAAUUCAAUGAGUGCUGAAAUGAAAUGGAAGGCAAAAGAUGCUAGUUCCCCUGAUCCUUACUCAAGAUUUAUGAAUGCAUUGUACAACUUGCUUGAUGGAUCUGUUGAGAAUUCAAAGUUUGAAGAUGAGUGCCGAGCAAUUACUGGAAACCAGUCUUAUGUCUUAUUCACAUUGGAUAAAUUGAUAUAUAAAUUAAUCAGACAGCUUCAAACUGUUGCAACCGAUGACGAAGACAGUAAGCUUCUCCAAUUAUAUGAGUAUGAAAAGUCUCGGAAACCUGGGAAAUUAAAUGAUUCAGUAUACCAUGCAAAUGCGCAUGUCAUCCUUCAUGAGGAGAAUAUAUAUCGUUUUCAAUGUUCAUCUACCCCCCCACGACUAUCCAUCCAGCUCAUGGACUAUAUGAAUGAAAAGCCUGAGUUGUCUGCCGUUUCUAUUGAUCCGAAUUUUUCAUUUUAUCUGCACAAUGAUUUUCUGUCUGUCCUUCCUGGCAAAAAGGAACCCCACGGCAUUUUACUGCAAAGAAACAAGGGCAAAUAUGGAAAAUUAGAUGAUCUUUCUGCGAUAUGCGCUGCCAUGGAAGGUGUUAAAGUAAUUAAUGGAUUGGAAUGUAAAAUUGCUUGCAACUCAUCCAAGAUUUCUUAUGUUCUUGACACACAAGAUUUUUUCUUCCGUCCGAGGACGAAAAGACGAACUCCAUCAGCAACCACAACUUCCCGGUCUCGCAAGGACAGAGAAGAAAGAUACCGCAGAUUGUUGGUUUCCUCAUCAUAAAACUGUACCUUCAUGAACAACAAUUUUCUGACAUCCAUUGAAACAGGUGAAGACUCACAAUACAUAUACUCAUAUGUUUAUAAAGAGUCUUGAUGUAGCAACUUAGGAACCCUUUGGUUCACAAUUUUAUUUUUUGUUUUUUGUUUUCAUAAUGUACUCGAAUUUUUCACAUCAAAGUGGAGGAGGAAAGUGUAGAUGGGAGUCUGUAAUAUGUUUAUGAUCUCACAUGUGUUGGUGCCUCUCCUUUGUAAAUAUUUUGUUUCACUACAUAUAUUUGUAGAAUGUUGUUUACCUGAUUAAUUGAUCUUGUUUUUCAUGA